GUAAGUGGGACUGAAGCCUUUCACUGAGCAGAAAAACUCUUUGGCUACCUCCUGAGCCUCUGAGUCUCAACGCAUGACGUCGAUGGUUCCGUCCAGCAGGACGCUGUGUCAAGACAAGUCGCAAACACUAGAAAGGAAGCCGAGCUUCGCACUAGUGGAUGUGUGUGUUAUCGCCAAGCUCUCUUUUGUUUGCCUGCGAACAAAACAGCACACGACAACAGCGUCGUUUGGCUUGUUUUGCAUUGAAACGAAAACAUUGUGUCCAUCCGACGCAACUAGUCCAGACAUGAGUAAUGUUAAUCUGAUUUUUUGGGACCAGUUGCAAGCUGGCAGCUCCGACGUGGACUGGUGUGAAGGCAAUUACCUAAUUUACCCGAGCAUAGCAGAGUUUUACAACACGAUCAGCAACAUUUUAUUUUUUGUUUUGCCGCCCAUAUUAAUGUGCUUGUUCCGCCAAUAUGCAACACAUUUCAACAGUGGGAUUUACCUCAUUUGGACCCUGCUGGUGGUGGUUGGUAUCGGAUCAACAUACUUCCAUGCCACUCUCAGCUUCCUGGGACAGAUGCUGGAUGAGUUGGCCAUUUUAUGGGUGCUAAUGUGUGCCAUCGCCAUGUGGUUCCCCAAAAGAUACCUCCCCAGGAUGUUCAGGAGGGAUCGGUCAAGGUUCAAAGUGGUCAUCGCAAUCUUGUCAGGGAUCACAACAGGGUUGGCCUUUGUCAAACCUGUUAUUAAUUCCCUGUCGCUCAUGACUCUGGGCAUCCCGUGCACAGUGCUGCUCGUCACAGAGCUUAAAAGGUGUGAAAACCCACGUGUGUUUAAGCUGGGUCUGAUCUCGGGGAUCUGGUGGGCACUGGCUCUACUCUGCUGGAUCAGCGACAGGAUUUUCUGUGAAAUGUGGUCAUCUGUCAACUUUCCCUACCUACACUGUGCUUGGCACAUCCUCAUUUGUCUGGCCUCAUACUUGGGGUGCGUUUGCUUCGCCUACUUUGACGUCGCCCACGAGGCCCCAGAGCGAGGUCCUGUCAUCAUGUUCUGGCCCAACGAGAAAUGGGCCUUCAUUGGCGUCCCUUACGUUUCAUUCCUCUGCGUGCACAAGAAGUCGGCCAUCAAGGUGACUUAAGGAUACCCUCCUGCGUUCAGCCGGUUGCACUUUAAGAUUCAUCACCAGACUGGUUGCCCCCCCAUCAGGUGAUGCAGGUGGUCUUUAAUAGCCAGCAGUGCUCCUGCAUUUCUGUCAUAGAACAAAAUGUACCACAAACAAUAUCCGCAAUGGGGCUUUCUGCCACAUCAAUAUUGUUAACAGGGAGAGGAGCAUGUGAUAAUUUAUGAAAGUAUUAUGCAUUUUAUGCUUUAGUUAAUUUUGUAUACUUGCGAUGGUAACUCAAAAGACAUCAGUGUAAAGUAUUAACUGCCUUGCAUCUCAUAGGUGCAAUAUACCAGCAUUAGUGGUGAUAAUGCACUGGAAACAAUAACUGUGAUGAAUACUUUAGUGGGACUCUUCCACCGUUGACCGUAUUCCAGCAUGCUAUUGUGAUUAAUUGAAAUGCUAUGUGCAAAAUAUAUAUUGUACUUUAUGAUUAACCCAUGAUAUCAGCCAUUUAUUAAUGAAUAAUGAAUGAAGAGCCAUGUAACCAAAACACCAAAAAUGAAUGUCAACAUUAAUUGAAAGUUCAUGGAUUUGGUUUUCACGACAAACGGCAAAUCACAACAUUUCAGGUCAAUCAUGGGUAUUUUUUUAAAAUUUGUUAAGCUAAAAGCAACUUUCUAAUCUUUUUAUUUCAUAUUGUGUGUGUGUGUGUAUUUUUAUUUAUCAUGGUAUGUUCUCUGGGGCUUAUUUAUUCCAGACGUUGAAUUUUAAAUGAUAUUCUUAGAAAAUGUGUGUGUGAAGCCAAAAUCAAACUGGAUACUACAGAAAACAACAGUGCAUAAUCCUCUGAUGCACAUUGUGUGUAUUCUAUGCUUUCUGAUGCCGAGUAUGGAGAGAGAAUGCAGAGUGUGUUUACUGCAUUGAGACACUUUGAUUUAUUUAUUAAUUACAGUCAGUAAUAUAAUUGGACGGAUUUUACUGUUUUGUUUUUUUCCUUGGUCCAAUGAGUGAAAAUCUAUUUAGAAAUUGAAAGGGAAAGAAGGGUGCUUUGAAGCUAACAUAAUCACCAAAGAUUUAUGACUUCAAUUUAUUACAUAAAAAGGAUCAGAAUGUACACAGAAAAUUGAAUUUUGCGAGAAUGAAUGAAUGGUUUUAAUAGCGUAUUAUUGCUACCUUGAUAUUGCCAAGUAUUUUUCAUUGUAGUCUCCAGAGAUAAACAGUAUUGCCAAUGUGUGUGCAUUUUAUUGUUGGAGAGAAUACAGGAUUGUAUAAUAAUUUUGAAUGAACUGCAGUGCACGUUGUGCAGGACAAAAACAUUUGACAUAUUUAUGAAGUGUUUUAUUUUAAUGGUCACACAGCAGUAUGGUGUGUAUUUUCACGUGUGUUUGUGUAUGUUAUUUUUCAUCGGCAGCACAGACAAACGGCACAUAAAUAUUUAUUUUCAUAAUUUAUGCUGUUUUUAAACAAAUAUUUGUAAUAGUAUAUUAUAACUUUGGUACUUUAUUUUAUGCAAUAAAUUGAGCCAAUUGA